AUGGCACAGCAAGGUUUCCAACAGCCACUUCUGCAGCAAGGAUACCAGCCCGCCGCGAUGCCAUACGCAGCGCAAGGAUACGGUGACCAGCAGGCCGCAAUGUCGUAUGCAGCGCAAGGAUAUGGAGACCAGCAGGCCGCGAUGUCAUAUGCAGCGCAAGGAUAUGGAGACCAGCAGGCCGCGAUGUCCUAUGCAGCGCAAGGAUAUGGUGGCCAG